AUGGCGGACGAAAACGAGACCGUAGAUUGGGGUCUCGCGGAAGAUGGCCAGCGAGAAUCUCUUCGCAGAACCGUCGUUGGUCAGAAUGCUGACGAUUGCGACGACGUCGACGACAUAGAAGACACUGUCUCGCUCGGCGACGAAGACGAAGACCAGGGAUUCUACUCAUAUCAGCCUCAAGAUGCGCCAGGAUAUGCUCACACCUCGGAGGCCCGAAAGGACACCUCAUCGAAACCGCCAUCUUCGCAAAGGCCCAUCGACAAAACGGGCGCUAAUGACAAUCGACGGGCCCAGCACGAAGGAGAACGUGAUGGCCAGCAUCACGACACGAUCCCAAACUCACCUCCAAGGCCGCGAAACUCGUCCGGAAGCCAAUCGUCGCCUCAACGUUCCCAACCCAACGGCAACCGGAUGACCCACGCCCUCCCUCCAAAGCCUGUAACGGCAAAAGUGCCGUACCUCCCCCCGUCUCAUCCUUCCAUCGUCGAGGCAACAAGCAUGAUUUCAAUCUCUCCCAGGGCUCCUAGUCGGGAUGCGAAGAAACCUUCAGGGCCCUCUGUUGCUGACCUUCCACAGGAAUGGGAAAUUCGACACUCGCGAAACGGAGACCCUUAUUACUACAACUGCAAGACCAAUGAAACAACCACGAUCGCGAUCGCACCCGAGGUGGAGACCGCCGCCCCCGCAGCGCCAGCUCUAGCGCGUCACCAAAUUAUAGACAUCCAUCUCCCCCGCCUGACUCUGACGCUCAUCGCCCGCAGACCUCUUCUCGUCAUGAUCACGACUCAAGUGACCUGGAACCUGAAAGGAAUGUGCAUUUUGGCGAGCGAACUGAUUCCCAUGAGCUUUCAAAAUCCCGGUAUGACAGAUCUCCCGCCAGACGACGCACUCGUUCUACCUCGCCGCCUCUUGAUCUUCGUGGCGGAGGGCACUCAAGAAGCCAUGAAUAUCAUUCCCAGCAUGGGCAACACCCCAGUCAGGGACAUCGACAUGUUGCCACCUGAUUCUGACCGUCGCUGGAUUUCUUCUCAUGUUGCGCCUACAGACCACAGGAGCCAUUCUGACAGGAGUGAACGCGAGCGUGGUUCUCGUAGACCCUCUCAUCGGCAAGACGAUGAAGUGGAUGCGACAAUGCAUGUCGACAAUAGGUCGAUUUCCCGGCCCAUUCAGAGAAGGCACGACGGCAAUAGAGGACUCGUGGAUCGUAGGGAUCGCGACAUGCGCGAACCGCCAAAUAAUAAUCAAGGCUAUUUGUCCUCAUCCAGACCUAAUAGGUCUCCACCACCUACACAAAAUCGCGGCCGCGAACGGGAUCGUGACCGUGACCAACGUUACGCAGAUCCGCCCUCAGCAAGAGACAGCAGGGACAGCUACAGAAGUUAUCACGAAGAACCGCCUCAUUCGGCCCCAGCAUCGUCGACCUGGAACUCAAGUCGGAAGGACGGCAGCCGACCUCCGCGGUUUGACCAUUCUUUCGAUGCGAAUGGCGGUCAGGCUUCUGGCCUUCAAGAGGCCCACUAUGGACGCCCAUCACCCGGCUUCGACUCUCGCCAAUCGCCGCCUCCGCAUAUAGCCUCGCAGCCACAAGCCCCGCGUAGACGUGGCGGAGAAAGGGAAAGAGAACGCGACAGAGAACGCGACCAUGACCAUGACCGCCCGCGACACGAACGCGACCGCGACCGCCAACCACCUAUGGAGGAAGAGCAAGAGUACCGAAGGCGUCCGGAUAGUGGCAAUUAUAUAACGAUGCACCCAGCGCCAGAAAGUCGACCGCUGGCGAUGGAGAGGAGGAGAUAUCCUCCUGCUGAAGACAUGCACCGACCUCAAGUUGAAGAUCAAUCACCACGUUAUAAGCGGACCCCAUUGCCUCCUCAACAGACCUCGUUUAUGACUUCUACCCCACCUUCGUAUGGACCUAGCCACCUCCCGCCAAUUGGACCUCUCUACAUGCGCGAUCCACCUCCUCACGCCGCUUCUAUGCCUCCUCAUCACGCCCACCCCCCAGUUCACCCACCACCACCACCUGUGAUAAGACAGCCUGGUUGGGCUAACUACGACAGUUCUCUACCUCGUCAUCCCAGGUACACUCAAAACGUGUCGAAGCCGAGACCGGACGACGUCGAUUCUGAAACUCUAGCCAAGGGUCAGAGUCGUGGCAAGGAUGAGCACCCCUCAAUGCAACAGCAUCUACCAAAGCAGGAUCUUAGAAUGGAGAUGGAUGCGAGGUCGGACAGAAUGGGCACUGACCCGGUGGACCUGCCGCCUAAGUCCAGUGGGUCUGCGAGGUAUGAAUCCUCACCUGUCCUGUCAAGAAGCCAGAAUCAGAGAGGUGGGGGAUACCAGCCACGAAAUGCCGAAGAUCGUGUUGAUGUACUGCCAAGUGGUCCGAAGGCAGAGAGGCAGCGGGCAUAUGGAGUUGAUCGCGCUCCGUCCGUCUCUCAGGGGCCAAUGGGUGGUCUUGUGAGGGACAAAGAGCGCGGGAGAGAUAGACAGAGCGAUGGCAUGGAGUCGAUGAGUUCUCCAUUGUCUAGAGGACCUGACAGCGCAAGGUUUGAGCAGACUCCUGGGGAAGGUUAUAUCCCUCCCUCCCAUGCCCGCGACGAAAGAGGUCGCAAUCGUGGUCGCCCGGAUGACCGGCCCGAACACGGAGUUCAGAGUACGGAUGACGCUCCUCGCAGGGACUUCAAGCCUCGAGAUGAUGAAGCAGGUCGAGCACCAGCCCCGGCUCCUCUCUCACUAUCAGGAACGAAUAAUGUACCCAUUGGAGUGAGGCGUCAGCCUCCGCUAGUGCAGCCUACUGCCCCUCUGGUGCCGCCUCCGGUGCCGCCUCCCCAGGUGCAUGUGCCCCCUGUGCCUCCUGUGCACAUUUCUCAUGCGAUUCCGAUUCCGCUAAACGGAAUUCCUCCGCCUUUCCCUCCUCAAAUGUUCAACCCUGCUGCGAGACCUCCUGCGUCGACGUUGAUUAAUCCUGCCAAAGCGCGCGACUUGCCUCCAGGAAAGGAGGUUUAUGAACGACCCCCUCACAUGCCUCCAUUGGAGCCCUCUCAAAGGUUCAGUCAACCCAAUGAGGUUUCAAGCCAGAGCAGCCCUCCUCUCUCUGAGAAGUCGCAAGCGCCUCCCCCAAUGCCAAAUGCGGAGACGGGCAGACGCCGAGAAUCCCGCUUCUCACCCCCAGUGGAACGAAAAUCGAGGUUCAAUCCCCCUAUCCCCAUCGAAACUAGACCACGAGGCGACGGACGUGUAGACGAACAAAAUCAUCCAAAUGAGCGGAAGGCAGCUCCCCCUCCUAUCUCAAGAGAUCCUUCCCUGGUCUCGUCAAUAGACCGAGGAUCAGCUCGCCAUGCGUCGGACGAUACUCAAUCGGUGGAAUCACGUGAUGGCCGAUAUGACAGACCCUCCAAGUCCGACGCCACCCUGCCUCCAGGAAAUCCUCCUUCGCAGCCCCCUUUCAAGCAGAACGAGAUACAGCCUCUGUCGGGAUCUCAUCAGGAAAGGCCGCCGCCGUCUGGCGAGAGAUUUGGUCAACGUAAUACACGUUGGGGCCCAGGCGAUGGUUCAUCUGCACAGUCACCGGAGCAGGCAUUCCCCCCUCCUCCAGCUAAUGUCAGCCUUUCUCCCGCGCUCUCUCGCCGUCUCAGCGCGAGCACGGACAGACCCCCUCGGCAUCGGAAGUACUUCGAUGCGCCCGAUGCACGCCCUCCGGUUGGCGUCUCACCUGAAUUCUCCAGCAACUCCUACGGGCGGGAGACGGAAGAUAGUCACAGGGCCAGCAACGCCAGGGACAAACCCCCAAACAAACGCGGACAAUCGUUACUCGAUCGGUUAUCGUUCGCUGAUGAUGACCCCCUUGCGCCCCCGGAGGUCCCAACCCAGUCACUCAGAGAUCGGCUUGUGCCCUCCAAGAGGGACCGCGAUGAUAUGCUAAACGAUAAUGGGGAUUUCCGCGAUGCGUCAUAUGACGGCGAUGAAGGUAUCGAAAGUAAGCGCGCAAGGCGUAGGAGUGGCAAGCCACGACGUGGUAGCCACGGUGCUGGUGGGGGCGGGAGGAGAUUUGGGUCUUGA